UCUUUAAUUAAGCAGAUAAUCUCUUGUUGGGACGAGAGCAGCUCCAUUUCAGAGCCCCCGCCUUGAAUCCUGGAAGCCCUUGUGAAGUUUCAUGUGCUGGUAGCUCAGUGUCCUCUCCAUCUUCACGCCGUCUGCAGCUUUGGACGAGUUGCCGUCUCUUCCCUCCCCUCACCUGUCAGGAUGUUCAUGCACUGGGAGGUUUUUUAUUACAUUUUCAUUCUCCUGACUCACAUGAGGUCCACCUGCUGCUGGUCAGUGAAUAAUUUCUUGAUGACUGGACCCAAGGCAUACCUGAUCUACUCAAGCAGCGUGGCAGCAGGAGCUCAGAGUGGCAUAGAGGAGUGCAAAUACCAGUUUGCAUGGGACCGCUGGAACUGCCCCGAGCGAGCUCUGCAGCUAUCCACGCACAGCAGCCUGCGCAGUGCAAAUCGAGAGACGGCGUUUGUCCACGCCAUCAGCUCAGCUGGCGUUAUGUACACCCUAACCCGGAACUGCAGCCUUGGAGACUUUGAUAACUGCGGCUGUGAUGACAGCAGAAAUGGACAACGAGGUGGUCACGGGUGGCUCUGGGGUGGCUGCAGUGACAAUGUUGGCUUUGGUGAGGCCAUCUCCAAACAGUUUGUUGAUGCUUUAGAGACUGGACAGGAUGCACGGGCAGCCAUGAAUCUCCAUAACAACGAGGCUGGGCGCAAGGCUGUGAAGGGAACCAUGCAGAGGACAUGCAAGUGCCAUGGCGUGUCAGGAAGCUGCACAACUCAGACCUGUUGGCUGCAGCUGCCAGAGUUCAGAGAGGUGGGGAACUACUUGAAGGAGAAGUACCACAGGGCGCUGAAAGUAGACCUUCUGAGAGGAGCGGGGAACAGCGCGGCCAGCAAGGGGGCCAUCGCCGAGACCUUUAGUUCCAUCUCCCGUAAGGAGCUGGUCCACCUCGAGGACUCUCCUGAUUACUGCCUGGAAAAUCGCACUCUGGGUUUGCCUGGCACUGAGGGCCGCGAGUGCCUAAAGAAAGGCAAGAACUUGAGCAAAUGGGAGAAGCGAAGCUGCAAGAGACUAUGUGGGGAGUGCGGCCUGGCUGUGGAGGAGCGUAAGGCUGAGAUGGUGUCGAGCUGUAAUUGUAAAUUUCACUGGUGCUGUGCGGUAAAGUGCGAGCAGUGCAGAAAGACAGUGACCAAGUACUUUUGUGUGAAAAAAGGAGGUCAGAGGGGAAGAAGUGAGAGCGCCGGGAGCCGCAGGAAGAACCUCAGACUGAGGAAGAAGCACUGAGGAUCUUAAUGAUUUCUUGCAGCUCCUCGGCAGAUUCUUUUUUAGAUAGUUUGUUUUGGAUAAAAGGAUGAUCUCAGCCCGUCGUCAGUGUCCACAGUGUUUUAAAAGUAAACACAACGGCCACAAGAUAGAGGAGAUGAGAAGGGUUUUAACAAAUUUAUAGAUGGUUAGGAAUAAAUGUAUUUAAGAUAUAUUUUUUAUAUUUUUUACAACAUCUUGAAAAGUCACUGGGCAUUUGAAGAGUUUUUAUCUGCUUUCAAAAUUCUCCACAACUUCAUGUAUUUAUUUUCAUGCAGAUAUACAAUCUUGGUGGAUGUGGCUAUUGUGGCAUAAAUAACUUAUGUGUGUGUGUAUAUAUAUAUGUAUAUAUAUAUAUAUACAUAUAUAUGAACCUGUCAGUAAUCUUUGUAUAUAAAACACCCAUCAGUGUCAAGUUUUGAAUUUUCUCUCCCAUCAUUUGGCUUGUUGUGACCUUUGCCCCACCUCUUCAUGUAUUUAAUUGUACAUAAAAUGAAGCACUUUGUACUGUACAUUGUUAAUUUAUUGCGAAGCAUUUUCUAGUUUUGCUUUAUUGUUAGUUUUCUUUGUGGUUUGUUUACUAUUAAAAUGCCAUAAAAGAAUAAUAAAUCCGUCAACCCUGUCUAUC